AUGGCUGCACUAGCUAGAAUGACCACUGCAGAGGUUGAAGGGGAAGUGCGGCAGCGCAAGCUAAAUAAUUCCAUCCUCCACCACCAACACGAGCAGCCAGAGCUCACCACCGCCGACACCCAGGCACCCCCGCCCAACCACGAGGCCCAUCGCGACUGCCGUAACGGCCCUCUGUCGCGCCUUCCUCCAUACCCGCUACUUGCGCUCGCUGUCCUUGGUGCGCUUGCAGGCCUUGCCCUCUUCUCCCAGGGUCCCGACGUCCUCCGCUUCUUCACCCCACUAUACGACCCCUCGCUCGAUACAACAGCCCCUUGGCGCAGAGAUCUCAGUACAGACCUCGAAGAACGCGCAAGGUGGAAUUCCACAGAUCUCCCGGAGAACUGCUUUGUUACCCGAAUGGCGUUGAACAACAGUAGCGGGGCUACAAGCCUCGCUCGCGUCUAUGCCGAUGUCAACGCGAACAUGCCUCGGUCGUACUGGGACUACGACUCUGUGAACAUCUCCUGGGGCGUGCUCGAGAACUACGAGGUCGUCCGCAAGAUUGGCCGCGGAAAGUACUCGGAGGUCUUUGAGGGCAUCAACGUGGUUAACUACCAGAAAUGCGUCAUCAAGGUCCUCAAGCCCGUCAAGAAGAAGAAGAUAAAGCGUGAGAUCAAGAUCCUGCAGAAUCUGUCGGGUGGCCCCAACAUCGUCUCGCUGUUGGACGUGGUGCGCGACAACCAGGUUAGUGACGGCUCCGACUGGAUUGGCGACUGGAGCAAAACACCCUCGCUGAUAUUCGAAUACGUCAACAAUACCGACUUCCGGAGUCUGUACCCUAAGUUCCAGGACUACGACGUGCGAUACUACAUCUUCGAGCUGCUCAAGGCCCUCGACUACUGCCACAGCAAAGGCAUCAUGCACCGUGAUGUCAAGCCUCAUAACGUUAUGAUCGAUCAUGAGAAGCGGAAGUUGCGCCUAAUCGACUGGGGUCUAGCGGAAUUCUACCAUGCAGGAACCGAAUACAACGUCCGUGUCGCGUCACGUUACUUCAAGGGCCCCGAGCUACUAGUCGAUUUCCAAGAGUACGACUACUCGCUUGAUAUGUGGUCGCUGGGUGCCAUGUUCGCCUCAAUGAUCUUCAGGCGGGAACCAUUCUUCCACGGCAACAGCAACUCGGACCAGCUCGUCAAGAUUGCCAAGGUGCUUGGAACGGAGGACCUGUUCGACUAUCUCGACAAGUACGACAUUGAGCUAGACGCCCAGUACGACGACAUACUUAGUCGGUAUCCCAAGAAGCCGUGGCACUCGUUCAUCAAUGCCGAGAACCAGCGCUUUGUCAGCAACGAUGCGAUUGACUUCCUCGACAAACUGCUGCGAUACGACCACCAGGACCGACUGACUGCCCAAGAGGCCAUGCAACAUCCUUACUUUGCGCCCGUCCGACAGGCCGCGCAGCAAAACAGCACCGCGGCAUGA